GCUACCUGCAGGAUGCUCAGUGCCAAGUGUCUCCUGACUAUGGGGAGGGAUGGAGUCGACCCAUUCAAUCAUUACAGGCCAGGAGACUACCUCAUUAGUGGAGUCUUCUCUGCAACCAAUAUGGCUCACAUUCAGCCAUAUAGUUUCAACAUCAGCUACACUUUUACUUCACCAUCCGUGAGUGAUAAAACUCAGUUGCCUUUUGUCUACCGGACCAUCCCCAAAGAAGGUGCCCAGUACUUGGGGAUUGUUAAAUUGCUCCAACACUUUCGGUGGACAUUCACUGGGAUCUUUGCUGCAGCCACUGAUAAUGGAGAACAUUUCAUUAGGACCUUCACUCCUACAAAGAAAAGGACCAAAUAUGAUGGUUUUAAAUAUUUCUACUUUCUUAUGGAGCAACUCACUCUUAAACAUUUUCACUGUUCAUAUGCAAAGCCUCCCUUGUCUGUGAAAGGCUGGACAAGGUGUUCAGAGAAAGAGAACUCAGAGACUCUACCUCAACAGGAGAUUGAGAGGAUCUUCUCUCUAGACAACUCCUUAACUUACAACGCCAUCCGGACUGUGGCUUAUGCCUUAAAUGCGGCCCAUUCAUCCCGAUCCCAGAGGACAAUAAUGGAGAGAAAAGAUAGGUUGGAAGUUCAAAAGCUCCAGCCCUGGCAGCCCUUGCCUCGCUCCCAGUGUGUGGAGGCUUGUCAGCCCGGAUACUUCAAGGUGGUCCAGGAGAGAAAACCAUGUUGCUGCUAUGACUGCAUCCCCUGUGCAGAAGGGAGCAUUUCCACUCAAGAAGAUGCAGACCACUGCACCAGAUGUCCACCAGAUCAGCAUCAGAACAAGAACCGAGAUCAAUGUAUCCCCAAAAUCAUCACCUUCUUGUCUUAUCAAGAGAAUUUGGGGAUCGUCUUUACUUCUUUUGCCCUAUUCCUAAUCUUAACCUCAGGCUUUGUCUUGGGAAUCUUCAGUAAAUACCGAGAAACUCCCAUUGCCAAGGCUAACAACCGGGACCUCUCCUAUGUCCUCCUGGUCUCCCUGCUGCUUUCUUUCUUCACCUCCUUCCUCUUCAUUGGCCGGCCAAGGAGAGCCACCUGUCUUCUUCGACAAACCGUCUUCAGCAUCAUCUUCUCAGUCGCUGUCUCUUCUGUCUUGGCCAAAACGAUCACUGUGGUGCUUGCCUUUCUAGCAACAAAGCCAGGGAACCGAGUGAGGAGAUGGCUGGGGAAAGGUUUGGCCAAUUCCAUCAUUCUUUCCUGUUCCAGCAUCCAGGUCAUCCUUUGUUCCAUCUGGUUAGGAGUCUUUCCCCCAUUCCCUGAUUCUGACAUGCAUUCACAGCCUGGAGAGAUCGUUCUGCAGUGCAACGAAGGUUCUGCUCUCAUGUUUUACAUUGCUCUCACCUACAUGGGUUUGCUAGCUGCCAUCGGCUUCACAGUGGCUUUCCUGGCUAGGAAGCUGCCUGGGGCCUUCAACGAAACCAAGCUGAUCACCUUCAGCAUGCUGGUCUUCUGCAGCGUUUGGAUCUCCUUUGUGCCUACCUACCUGAGCACCAAGGGCAAGUACAUGGUGGCCGUGCAGGUCUUCUCCAUCUUGGCUUCCAGCGCUGGCCUACUGUGCUGCAUCUUCAUCCCCAAGUGCUACAUCAUUGUGCUUAGACCAGAACUGAAUACAAAGGACCAACUGAUACUUAAAAGUGAAAUAGGAAAGUGA